AUGGGGUCUGCCUGCAUGCCUAAUCAUCUUGCUAUCAUCUUAUGUUUAACAGUCGCCUACUGCUUACAUGCAUUCAUCCCCGAAUAUGGAAACUCGACUAGUCACAGGCACUGGUUAAGCUUCAUAAAUGUAACUAUGUCGAGUAAUGAAAAAAAGUCUCAUGCUGAUCUAGUGCAUGAAAUGUUUGAUUUCGCAUAUCAGGGUUAUUUAAAGUAUGGUUUUCCAUAUGAUGAACUGAACCCAAUCGAUUGUGUUGGCCGUGGUUAUGAUCAUGAAAAUCCUGAUAACAUAAAUGUAAAUGAUGCUCUAGGGGAUUAUUUGCUCACGCUUGUGGACUCUCUUGAUACUUUAGCGGUAAUGGGAAAAACUAAAGACUUUAAGCAUGCGGUUGAUUUAGUUAUCAAGCACCUGUCGUUUAAUCAGAGCACAAGAGUUCAAGUAUUCGAAGCGAAUAUUAGGGUUCUAGGUGGUCUCUUAUCUGCUCAUUUCCUAAUAACUGAUCCCAAUCAGACUUUCGGAUAUUUACAAUCUCCAGACUAUGACAAUGAACUCCUAGAUCAUGCCCAUGACUUGGCCGAUCGAAUGCUCAAUGCUGUUUAUGAUACACCAACUGGAAUCCCUUAUCCUAGAUUUCAUCUCGAUUCUGGCCUUAAGGACAACACUACAACUGAAAACUGCCUUGCUGGUGCUGGUUCAUUACUACUGGAGUUCGGUUGUCUAAGUGCCUUACUCAGUGAUUCUAGUUAUGCAUCAGUGGCUCGUCGUAUUGUAUUAAACUUAUGGAAACGAAAGUCAAGCGUAUCUGGACUCUUUGGUUCGACAAUUGAUGUGAAAACGGGUGAAUGGAUUAAUCGAAUGAGUGGUCUAGGGGCAGGACAAGAUUCAUUUUUCGAAUAUUUACAAAAAGCCCAUGUUCUAUUUGGUGAUAAUUAUUUGGGACAACUAUUUCAAGAAGCAUUGGAUAGUAUACAAUAUCAUUUACGCACUGGCAGAUCAAAAUGCUUAGUUGGACCUGGGUCACCUCCAAUAUAUUGGAAUGUAGAUAUGUAUUCUGGUAAAAAAGUAAAUCAUUGGAUUGAUACUUUACAGUCAGCUUGGUCCGGAGUAUUGGUUCUUCAUGGUGAUUUAAGUGAAGCAAUCUGUCACCAUGCUAUACAUUAUUUCAUCUGGAAAAUAUACGGAUUACCACCAGAACGUUAUAAUAUUGUGGUAGAAAAACCGGAACUCUUUUUCUAUCCACUUCGACCAGAAUUUGCUGAAUCCACAUACUUUUUGUACAGAGCUACAAAACAUCCUUUCUACUUACAUGUUGGUAAACAAAUUAUAGAUGAUUUAAAUAAAUAUACACGAACUAAAUGUGGUUAUGCCACUAUACACAAUGUGAUGGAAAAAUCUAAAGAAGAUCGUAUGGAAAGCUUUUUUCUAAGUGAAACAUUAAAGUAUUUAUAUCUUUUGUUUGAUGAAUCGAAUCCUGUAAAUAAAAAUGAACAUGACUAUGUGUUUAGUACACAAGCCCAUUUAUUCCCAAUCAAGCGAAUUCGUGAUAUGCUUCAAAAACUUGAUAGAAAUCCGUUCGCAUCAGAUAAUCCUCAGGGUAAUAUUCCAUCCAUGAAUAGUUCUUGUUUGAAUGUCAAGCUAA